CAUUUUAUAUUCGGUCGAGUCGCGCCGUGUUGUGUUGAAUCUUAUCGAUAGGGAAGAACAAAUUCCCCCCAAUUCCUCCUCAUCCCCGAGACUCCACGAAACCCUAUCCCUGACUGAUUGCGUUGCCCUGGUCCACCCUCGGUCGAAUUCGAUUCGCCUACACGGCCCCGGAGGUAAAGACGAUCGGGAGCUAGAGGUAAAGAUGGUUUUCUACUUCAAGGCCCGGCCGGAUGUGGGCGACUACACCAUCUUCAUGGGAUUGGACAAGCACGAGAACGAGGAGCUCAUCAAGUACGGGUUCCCCGAAGAUAUAUGGUUUCACGUGGACAAAAUGUCUUCUGCACAUGUUUAUUUAAGAUUGAACAAGGCCCAAACUAUUGAUGAUAUAAGUGAAGGUUUGUUGGAAGACUGUAUCCAGCUUGUUAAAGCUAAUUCAAUCCAAGGCAAUAAGAUGAAUAAUGUCGAUGUUGUUUAUACUCCAUGGUAUAAUUUGAAGAAAACCCCUUCCAUGGAUGUUGGUCAAGUUGGUUUUCACAAUCCUAAGAUGGUUAAGACGGUGAGGGUAGAAAAACGCAUGAAUGAGAUUGUCAAUAGGUUGAACAAGACCAAGGUGGAAAGGACGCCAGAUUUGAAAGCUGAGAGAGAAUCUGUCAAUGCAGCAGAAAGAGCAGAAAGGAAGGCCCAGUCAAGGGACAAAAAAAAGAGGGAAGAAUUGGAGAGGCUUGAGAAGGAGAAACAAGCUGAGGUAAGGAGCUACAAGAGUCUAAUGGUCUCCGAGAAGAUGACAUCCAACAAGCAGAUUGCAUCUGCUAAUAAAUCCUUGGAAGAACUCGAAGACGACUUCAUGUGAGCAUUUGAGAGUUAAUUGAUUGGUUGCUAGAGAAGUUGUUGAAGCUUUCAAAGAUCCAUUCUAUCGCGAUGAUGAAAUUUGUGAUUCCAAUCUACUCCAAGACCUUCAUUCGCACUGAUCAUUCAUCAAGCCUUUAACUGUACCCUCUGGUCUCACGGAAUGUGAACAAAAGUUGAACUAUUUAUCAGUUCUCCUGUCUCUGUUUAUCCUGAUUGCGGCAUGUAGCCAUUAGAGUUUGCAAAAGAAUCAUGCACUGUACUUAUUUUUCUACUGAACUGUCCUAUAUCAUUCUCUUUUAUGUCGGGAGAAACUAUGCUUCAUACUCGAAAUCGAGCUAUGUUGUUUCAUUCUGCCCGAUCAAUUGCAAAGCAAUCCCUAUUGAUACAUCAGUAUUAUUUGAGUUUACCCAGUUCUUUGU